AUGAAUUUCGGCAGUUUCCUGCGUAACUUAUCCUCAGAUCGAGAGAAUGCACCGGAGGAGGGAAAAAAGCCAAGCGAUGGCUUCACCGGUGGUAGUCUGUUUGGGGCAUCUAGCCGUUUCUUGGAAUCGGUCACCGCCAAAACUGGCAAUCUUGUCUCCGACUUCAGUCAAAAGGUAGAUCUGGCGAACAAAAUCGACACCAUCAAACGUCAUACGUCCAUAGAUAAGAUCGGUCAGUCUGUGCUCGGCUCAGCUUUCUCCCACCCCACUCCCAAAUCCCAGGAAAGCACCCCUGUCCGACCCGCGGAAGACACCUGGAGCAUGCCACCGAAAUCCGAUGUCACUACUCACGACCUGCUCCACGAGUCUGCUCUUUGGAAAGCCUCCUUUGAAGAGAAUCAGACUGUGCCCAUCACCGCGCCUGAACAGCCCAUAACAGCACGUGUGCUGACCCACGAGGAGUCCACUGAACGACAUCAAAACCCCUUUAACGUUGAGUCCAAAAGAGCAGUAGAACAGUCAAAUAUUUUAACAUUUUCAAGUACUACUACUACUGCUGCCACAACCACUCCUUCUGCAGAGAUCACCACUUCGAAAAAUUCAGAUAUCUCCCAAUCUGCCUUUUCCACGUCAUUCGACAGACCGGUGAGGCAACAGUCUGGUUCUAUAGACUAUACUGGUGCAUCUAGCCGAGUUACAGCGCCAGUUAAGCGCCAGAGUACGACUCCAGCUUACGGUGGGAAACCACCACCACCAAGACCACCACCUCCAAGAUCGGGGUCACAGUCGGUUGAUGAUCCCACCCAGAAGCCGGCCGUGAACUCCGCAAUCGUGAAAGAACAACCCUUGCCAGUAGCAGCAGCAGCAGCGGUUACACAGGAGACGCCAAUCACUGAAAUACAACGCCCUGAGCGGACUUAUUCUCCCGGUGAUCUAGACUACCUAACUCGACUUCAAUGUCAGGAGAUUGUCUCCGCUGUGGACACAAUGAUUGCCGGUGACCUAGAGUACGGUCUGCAGGUGAAUAACCCACCUGAGGAAAAAUCGAAGUCUACCAUGAACGACCGCCAGUGCAACUCUCAGGACUACUCUGGACCUGCGCAAACCUUCGAAAGUUCCCAACGAACAUCACGCUUUGAACAACUGCAGCAGCAACACGUGGAAGAUGAGGCUGAAAACCAGACAUUGGAUGUAUCUGCCUCACCGUUCCUUGAAGCCUCAGAUGCCAGUUCAGCGUCUGAGUACGGCGUCGGUGGGUCUGAAGCCGUUUACGGCGCCGAAAAGGUGGAGGAAGAGGAGGAGGAGGAGGCGUAUUGUGGACGGAGUGCGGUGCGUUGGCCGGAAGUCUAUGAGCCAGCAGAAGUGCAUCCAGAACAGCCAACGUACUUUGCUGAGCUUGUCAAAGUGCCGGUUCAGGAGGAUACCUCAAGGAAGGCGUUGGAGUCGUUCGUUGAGGAGUAUGUGGAGGGCUUACCGUCAUCAGCCAUGCAUCCCCAACCCCAAGUGUGGGCUACCCAAGAUUCGAACCCACUACCCUUUGGUCAUGACGUGUACCACUCUAACUUUGAGCGACGGGACCGUGAUCGGGAAUAUGAUGACAAUGUGAAAUUGACCGAUAUGGUAAAGGAACAUUUGUGUAGAGUGCUGCACUCCAUGACCAAAGCUUUGCCGAUUCGAAUCUCGGGCAACUCACAGUUAAGUUUAGGGAUGCAUGGCUGA